AUGGCGGAAGUGGAGGAGCAGGGAAGAAAUCCAAGUGAGGAACCCACGGAUGAGUCCGAGGAGGAUGACAGCGAAGAGGAGCCCAAGCUGAAGUAUGAGAGGCUCUCCAACGGGGUGACAGAAAUUCUCCAGAACGAUGCAGCCAGCUGUAUGACCGUCCAUGACAAGUUUCUUGCCUUAGGUACACAUUUUGGAAAGGUCUUCCUAUUGGACAUCCAAGGAAAUAUUACUCAGAAGUUUGAAAUUAGUUCAGUGAAGAUCAACCAGAUCAGUCUGGAUGAAAGUGGAGAGCAUGUGGGCAUCUGCUCCGAGGAUGGGAAGGUUCAAGUAUUCGGGCUGUACACAAGAGAGGGCUUCCAUGAGAACUUUGACUGUCCCAUCAAAGUGGUUGCCUUACACCCCCAGUUCACCAGAUCCAACUACAAGCAGUUUGUCACUGGUGGCAACAAGCUUCUUCUGUAUGAGAAAAACUGGCUGAACCGCUGGAAGACUUCGAUUCUACACGAAGGCGAGGGAACAAUCACUAACAUCAAAUGGAGAGCUAACUUGAUUGCAUGGGCCAACAAUGUGGGAGUUAAAAUAUAUGACUUCAGCACAAAACAGAGGAUCACCAAUGUGUUGAGGGAUAAUGUGAGUUUGAGGCCCGACAUGUACCCAUGCAGUCUGUGCUGGAAAGACAACACCACUCUCAUUGUUGGCUGGGGUACUUCCAUUAAGAUUUGCAUUGUGAAAGAGCGAAAUCCAACUGAAAUGAGAGACCUGCCCAGCCGCUAUGUGGAAAUAGUGUCUGCAUUUGAGGCUGAGUUUUUCAUCUGUGGUCUGGCACCGCUGGCAGAUCAGCUCGUCACCCUGUUCUUCGUGAAGGAGAACUCUGAUCAAAUGGAUGAGGAGUUAUGUGCGCGGCCUCGCCUCGACAUCAUCCAGCCUCUCCCAGAGAGCUGCGAGGAGAUCUCUUCAGACGCGCUGACUGUGCGCAACUUCCAGGACAACGAGUGCAGAGACUACCGCCUCGAGCAUUCAGAGGGAGAGUCACUCUUCUAUAUCAUCAGUCCCAAAGACAUUGUUGUGGCCAAGGAGCGAGACCAGGAUGACCAUAUUGAUUGGCUGGUCCAAAAGAAGAAAUAUGAGGAGGCGCUGAUGGCCGCAGAGAUUAGCUUCAAAAACAUUAAGAGGCACGACGUUCAGAAAAUUGGAAUGGAUUACAUUGAGCACUUGGUGGAGACGGGUGACUAUGACAGUGCUGCGAGGAAGUGUCAAAAGGUUCUCGGGAAAAACAUGGAACUGUGGGAGAAUGAAGUGUACAGGUUCAAGAAAAUUGGACAGCUCAAGGCCAUCAGUCAGUAUUUGCCAAGAGGAGAUCUGCGUCUCAGACCGGCCAUUUAUGAAAUGAUCCUGCAUGAAUUUCUAAAAACUGACUAUGAGGGUUUUGCCACCCUGAUCCGGGAAUGGCCGGGAGAGCUUUAUAAUAACAUGGCCAUUGUUCAGGCUGUCACUGAUCACCUGAAGAGGGAUCCCACCAACAGCAUGCUGCUCACCACGCUGGCUGAGUUGUACACCUACGACCAGCGGUACGACAGAGCCUUAGAAAUCUACCUGAGACUGAGGCACAAAGAUGUUUACCAGCUGAUUCAUAAACACAACCUUUUCUCGUCCAUAGAGGACAAGAUCGUACUCCUCAUGGACUUCGACAAAGAGAAAGCUGUUGACAUGCUUCUCGACAAUGAAGACAAGAUAUCAAUAGACAAGGUGGUGGAGGAACUGACAGACAGGCCUGAGCUUCUGCAUGUGUACCUCCACAAGCUGUUUAAACGGGACCACCACAAAGGCCAAAAGUACCACGAGAGACAGAUAGGCCUGUACGCAGAAUAUGACCGACCAAAUCUCCUACCGUUCCUGAGAGAUAGCACCCACUGCCCUCUUGAAAAGGCACUGGAGAUUUGCCAGCAGAGAAACUUUGUGGAGGAGACCGUCUUCCUGCUCAGCAGGAUGGGGAACUGUAGAAGAGCCUUGCAGAUGAUCAUGGAGGAACUGGAAGAUGUGGACAAAGCCAUAGAGUUUGCUAAAGACCAGGAUGAUGCCGAGCUAUGGGACGAUCUCAUCUCUUACUCUAUUGACAAACCACCAUUCAUCACUGGCCUCCUCAAUAAUAUCGGUACUCACGUUGAUCCCAUUCUGCUCAUCCGACGCAUAAAAGAAGGCAUGGAGAUCCCGAACCUCAGAGAUUCACUUGUGAAAAUCCUUCAUGACUACAAUCUACAGAUUCUUUUGAGGGAAGGCUGCAAAAAGAUCCUGGUGGCCGACUCCCUCUCCCUGCUCCAGAAGAUGCAUCGAACACAGAUGAGAGGCGUCAGGGUCGAUGAGGAGAACAUUUGUGAGUCAUGUCAUGCUACAAUAUUACCUUCAGAAAUGGCCAAAACCUUCAAUGUGGUGGUGUUCCACUGCAGGCACAUGUUUCAUAAGGAAUGUUUGCCAUCUUCAGGAACAAUUCCUGGGGUGCAGUUCUGUAACAUCUGCAGUGCAAAGAGGCGAGGGCCGGGAAGCGGAAUACUUGAGAUGAAAAAGUAACGCUGAUGUACUCACAGUCUUAUUACUGAACUCCUCUGCCACCCCCUCUCCAUUGAUCAAUUAAUAUAACUUUCCUUCUGUAAACUAGCAAAAAUGCUGAAUAUUUAUAUUCGACUGUCUGUAUAUUUACGUCUCAUAGCUGCUUGCUGCUAAUGUGUGUGUAAUAAACUGUAUGAACAUUAAAAUGGCAUUGAAGCAGUUUGUGAUUUGUGUCUGAUAUUUAUGCACAUCUUCCAUUUUAAGAUAAAAAUGUAUGCAAAGAAUUAAGGUAAACUUGGCUUGGGCGCACUGGAUAACCUCAAUGAGAAACAAAAUGAAUUUGCUCUUUCCUGAUUGACAGUUUGUAUUUCAUUGUUUCACUGUGGUGUCUGUGGUUGAAAACACAUUUGCACAACUCCAGCCAAGAUGCAUGUGGAUGCAUGUAGAAAAAAGCUUCAUUAAUACCAUCAGGCUUUUUGAUUAAUUGGAGCACAGAGAUUUAAAACCACUCAAGGCCUGACAGCUCGAAUAGAGUGAAUCGUGUGAUAACUGUGACAUUUUUGAGUGGAGAUUUUUAUGAAAUGCCAGCUGUACUUUCAGGUGUGUGUGUUUUUAAGGUGUUUAAUGAUUUUGUUCCAAUAUUAAAGAUUUGGCGAAAACCACACUUGGUGAGCUGGUAGUAGGAGUGUGAAAGGAAAGUUUAUGUAAAACUGAUGCGACCAGGAUAUGAAAGACGCUGCCUGUAAUGACUGUGACAGAAAUCUAGUACUGUGCAAAAUUCUUCUGCUAGCACUCAUUUUGUUUUUUAGCUAGGAAAAUGGGGAAAGAGGUGCAGUUAUUUAUGGAAAACUGUGCAAACAUGGAAAUACAGCACAUGAGACAAAAACAGUUUGUGAAAUUCUAACAAGCUUGAAAGUCAAUGUUUGGUAUGACCACCUUUAUUCUUCAACACAGCCUGAAAUCUCAGAGGCAACUUUCUUGUUUAUUUGAGCAGUCUUCAGGAAUAGGUCUGUCCUUUUUUUUAUAUUUACAAGAAACUCUGGCUCCUUGGAAGCAAAAUAUAAAGGAACGAGGGGUGGCUCGAGAUUUUUGCACAGUACUGUAAU